CCUAAACUUUCCCACACAGAUUUCUGGGGACAGAUAAGAGUCUGUCGAAACAUGGAAGCACUGCGGCAGUCAUUUCUUCAUUUAACUUUUCAGAUGUCAUCCUACAAGAGAGCCACACUGGAUGAGGAGGAUUUGGUGGACUCCACCAGUGAGGACAUGUACCCGUCAACACCCAUGCAGCUACAUCAGUCACUGUGCAAGAGACGAGCAAACCCAGGCUUGUGCCUACAGGAACCGUGCAUUACCAUAGCUGGUUCGGUCAUGGGAGCCCUGGACAGGACUGUAGACCCCUGCCAUGACUUCUACAACUUUGCUUGUGGGGGCUGGGUGAAGAACAACCCUCUCCCGGAGGGGAAGUCCCGCUGGGGACCUUUCAGCAACCUGUGGGAACACAAUAUGCUUGUAAUGAAGCGUUUAUUAGAAAACACAACAUUAAAGGGUUUAAGCAAGGCUGAAGAAAAAUCCCAGCGAUAUUAUCAGGCCUGCAUGAAUGAGACUAAGAUCGAGGAAUUAGGAGCUAAGCCUCUACAGCAGCUAAUCACCCAGAUAGGAGGCUGGGCUCUGACUGAACCCUGGGACAAAAACAACUUCCAACAAGUUCUCCGGACGGUCUCAGCCAGUUUACGCACUUCUCCUUUCUUCACGGUGUUUGUCAGCACGGACUCCAAAAACUCCAGCAGUAACAUCAUACAGGUGGAUCAGUCCAGCCUGGGACUACCCUCACGGGAUUACUACCUCAACAAAACAGCAAAUGAUAAGUAUCUGACAGCAUACCUCAACUUCCUUGUGGAGUUAGGUGUUCUCCUGGGGGGCUCAGCGGAGACGUCUCGGACGUUGAUGACAGAGAUCGUGGACUUUGAAACCACACUUGCCAACAUCACCGUGCCUCAGGAGGAGAGAAGAGAUGAGGAGCUCAUUUAUCAUAAAAUAGAGGCCAAAGACCUGAAAACUCUGGCUCCUGCAGUGGACUGGAUGCCUUAUCUCUCCGAAGUAUUCACACCAGUGCCGAUAAACGAGUCAGAGCCUGUGGUUGUGUAUGCCAAAGAAUACCUCCAGAAAGUGUCUGACAUCAUAGCUACCACAAAUAAAAGCCUUCUCAACAACUACAUGAUAAUGAAGGUGGUGAGGAAGAUGGUUUCUGUCUUAGACCAGAAGUUCCAGGAUGCAGAGCAGCAUUUCCUUGAAGUCAUGUAUGGAACUAAAAAGAGCUGCACUCCACGCUGGAAGCUCUGUGUCAGUGACACGGACAGCGCCCUGGGGUUUGCUCUCGGAGCCAUGUUUGUCAAAGACACCUUUGCUGAGGACAGCAAAACCAUUGCUGAAGAGAUGGUUGCAGAAAUUAAAGGGGCCUUUGAAGACAGCUUGAAAUAUGUGAAGUGGAUGGAUCCAGAAACCAAAAAAGCUGCAAAAGAAAAGGCGGAUGCCAUUUACAACAUGGUUGGAUAUCCAGAGUUCAUCAUGAAUGUCACAAAGCUGGACAAAGUGUUCAAUGAUUUUGAGGUGGUGUCGGACCUUUACUUCCAGAACGUCAUGCAGUACUACAACUUUUCAGCUCGAGUGACUGCAGACCAGCUGAGGAAAUCUCCCAACAGAAACCAGUGGAGCAUGACCCCUCCAACUGUAAAUGCCUAUUACAACCCAACCAAGAACGAGAUGGUUCUGCCAGCAGGAAUCCUUCAAGCUCCGUUCUACAGUCGUUCUUAUCCAAAAGCUCUUAACUUUGGUGGGAUUGGAGUGGUCAUGGGUCAUGAACUGACUCAUGCUUUUGAUGACCAAGGGAGGGAGUAUGACAAGGAUGGGAACUUGCGCCCUUGGUGGAAGAACUCCUCCGUGGAGGCCUUCAAGAGGCAGACGCAGUGCAUGGUGGAGCAGUACGGAAAUUACAGCAUCAACAAAGAGCCUUUGAAUGGAAGACACACGCUGGGAGAGAACAUAGCUGACAACGGUGGACUAAAAGCUGCUUACAAGGCUUAUGACAACUGGAUCAAAAAGAACGAGGAGGAAGCGCCGCUGCCCGCUCUGGGGCUGACGAACCAUCAGCUGUUCUUUGUUGGGUUUGCUCAGGUAUGGUGUGCCGUCAGAACACCCGAGAGCUCACACGAGGGAAUAAUCACAGAUCCUCACAGUCCAUCAAAAUAUAGAGUCAUUGGCUCAAUUUCCAAUUCACGUGAAUUCUCUAAGCACUUUGGCUGCAAAGCAAAUGCUCCUAUGAACCCUGAACAUAAAUGUGAGCUUUGGUGAGGCUGUUGAGCAAUGAAGAAGCAAAAUGGACACUGAGUAAAAUACCACUGCCGGCCCUCGAUGCCUUGCUGCUUCAUCAGUUUCCUUAUCAGGACAAAAUAUGCCUGGUUUGUAAGCACUGCACUGUUGGUUUUAUGAAACAGCUUUGUUUAGCCUAAACGUAGCUCUAAAUGUUUUUUUUUUCUACACUGUAAGCCCACUGUAUAGUUACAAAGCUAG